AUGACUGACGAGCACCAGUCGGGCACAGCGUGUCAGAGCUCAGCGAGGAAACCGCCCAAGGGAGGUCUGCGACGAAGCACACGCAGCAGGAUUCGGGAAGCUCCACCCGAAGACUCACCAGCGUUGCCGACGCCGCGUACGCCGCAAUGGCAGGCCAAGGCGCCCGCUGAAACGCUCUGGAGCCCUUGGCGGGAUCAAAUAGAGACUGGUUUGGGGUUCGAAACGCCGAAAAACUCCGGUAAAGGGGAUCGUCGUCGAGGUCACCGUCGAGAGCAGCGGACCAGGCCGGCAGCCGACAAGCGACGCGUUCGCUGGGCGGCCUCAGUGCGUGGGAAACGCCCGCCGCUGCUCUCGAUAGCUGUAUCGGUGGCUGGCUGGAUCACGCUGGUUAUCGUUGCGGUACUUCUUCUGGUGCGUGGGCAAAAGUGGCAGCAACAGCAAGUGCUGUCGCUUCGGGCGACAACUCGGAGGUACGCGUACGCCACCCUGCUCUGUGAUGAUGAACGCAUGCUCCGGGCAGUUGCGGCAUUGGUGCACUCGCUUCGAGUCCGAGCAAACACCUCCUACCCGAUCUUGGUGCUUACCACACCCAACUUGUCAACAGCGGCGUCACAGCAUCUGGAGGCGCUUGGAGCAACAGUAAUACGGCGCGAGCCGCUGCCGUAUCCGUUUGCCCUGAACGCAGCCCGGCUCCGCGAUAACAAACCCUGUCGCUAUGCCAAGUUACACCUGUGGUCGUUAACAACAUACGAAAAGAUUGUGUUCCUUGAUGGAGACACAUUGGUUUUGGCACCAAUUGAUGAUCUCUUUGAAAAGUAUGAUGCGCUCGCUGCUGCUCCAGACCUCUAUCCGGAGACGUUCAACUCCGGCGUGAUGGUGCUCGAACCGCGCCACGAUGUGUACGCCUCGAUGUUGGCACGAUAUCGGGAGACACCCUCGUACAACUUGGGCGAUCAGGGCUUUCUGAAUAGUUUCUUUGGUGAGCAAUGGAGAGCGAACCCGAAGCGUUUCCACUUGCCCCUGGAAUACAACACGCUGCUGAAGCUGCGGGAGACCAUUCUCUGGGCGAGCCUCCAGCGCCGCGUCCGUGUUGUCCAUUUUACUGGAGAAACCAAACCGUGGAGCUGGCACUUGACCAAUUUUCGUGACUGGGAUCGUCAUAUCGAUCCUGUCUUCUACUACGAAUGGAUUCAGAUCGACCGAUCAGCACGCAACUUAUCACUUGAUGAACCGCACUGGGCCCGUUGCGCUCUGGAAGCCCAGACGCUAGCCAUGCACAACGGGAGCCUUGGACAACGCUUUCCGCUUCGCGAUCGCUACAGUGUGGUGCUCAGCACGUAUAGCCGCGAUGAUUUGCUACAUAAGCUGUUGCGCAUUCAUUAUCGCCCUGGCCUGUUCCCUGGAAAACCCAAGUCGCGUCAGAAGGAACAAACAUCGGACGCGAGUGCGCUGAUCGAUAAGGUAUUCAUUGUGUGGCAUGAUCCGCAGCGAACACCACCGCCGGACCUUCUUCGUAAUCUGCCGCCGGAUCGAUUCCUGCUUGUUCAACAGCAGCAGGACUCGCUGAAUAACCGCUUUAAUCCUCUGGGGCCCGCUCUGCGCACACGAGCAGUGCUCAUCGUCGAUGACGAUAUUCGCAUUCAUCACGAGGAUGCAGCAUUCGCUUUCCGAGUCUGGCAGGAUAAUCCGAAUGCGCUGGUUGGCUUCUUCCCGCGUUUUCACCGGCGGCAUCCUCAGACCGGAACGUAUGAGUACCACAUUGCUGAGCCCGUGGAUCACGAUGCGAACGCGAGUCACAGACAGUUCCGUCGCUACUCGAUUGUGCUAACCAAGCACAUGUUCAUGCGCGCUGACUUUCUCUUCUACUAUCGCUGCCUUCUGCCGGAUGAACGCAUUCAUGCUUAUGUCGACGAGCAUCGGAACUGCGAGGAUAUCGCUUGUCAGUGCAUGGUGACCAGUAUGGGUGGAUCCGCUCCCAUCGCCGUUCGUGCGGUGCACCCGGUCGAGGACUACGGCACCCCGGGUGUAGGCGUUGCCGGUGGUAUCAGCGCAUCACGGUCUCAUUUGGGGUCCCGUUCCCACUGCAUUGCGACCUUUUUAGAGACGUUUUGGAAAGGUUCAAAUGCCCUUCUUUAUAAUGACGUAAUCAUGGAGCGUUUUGUGAAGAUUCCGUUUGAGAAAAAGCGACUGCGGGACCUGGCGAAAACGUGA